UCAAUCCUUGGCUUCCUUGCAAUUCCAUAGUACCCAACACAGCAUACCAUGUUAUGGUUUUGGUUUUAAAAUAUGACGUUUUGAAAGGAUCAAGGUGAUCUCCCUGGGAAAGAAAGCAAGCUCCGUGCUUUCCCGAGUCAGUUCAUCCUUGGGAUUGCAUUUGAAUAGUUGGGAAUAUGAGAUUUUGACAGAAGGGCUUCAAAAGAAGGAACUGAGCAGCUUGCAGUUAGCAUUGAGAAUUUUCCAUACGUAUAUACAUUUUGAAACGUGGUCAGUUUGAAAUUUUCUGGAUUCUCAGUUGUGGUAGUAGAACAGAGAAGGUAUUUCUUGAUGAUUUCUGGCCAUUGCUGGUCCUUACCAUAGAAUUUAUGCCCGAGAGGCUGGUAGGAGCUACGUUUGGAAGAAAUUUUUGGGCUAGUGUACUUUUGUAGUGUGACAAGAAGAGAUAGAUUAUAGACUGGAUUAGGUUUGGGACAUUCAUGGGGAUGGGUCUCAUAAAUGCAGAAGAUAAGGAUUCUGAGUUUGAUCUUGAAAAAGGGUGGUCUGAAACUGAAGACAACUCAAAGAAAGAAUCUAAUCCAUGUGCUGCAAAACAAGAGAAGUCAUUGUUUGCGAAGGUUUCUGGUGGGCUUGUUGGUACAAAGGAAGAAAAGCCAGAUUUGUAUUGUAAUGAGUCGAAUUUAAGCAGUGUUUCCAAGGAUGUGCCAAGCAAGUUAUUCUCUGGACAAGACUCAGUUGACAUGGAGAACACUCAAGUAAAGGAGAAACGUAAGAAAGGCAGUAAUAAAAAGGCACCCAAACCUCCAAGACCUCCACAAGCUCCAUCACUGGACGCAGCUGACCAUAAGCUAAUCAGGGAGCUAACUGAACUUGCCGUGUUGAAGCGUGCAAGAAUAGAGCGCUUGAAAGCCUUAAAGAAGAUGAGAGCGUCUAAAUCAUCCUCUUCCACCACCACCAGCAGCAGCAUACUUGCCACGGUUUUCACUAUUGUCUUUUGCAUCGUGAUAAUAUUGCAAGGAAUGUCAUCUGGAAGCAGUUCUGUGGCAAGCUUCCAGGGAUCUCCUUUAGUUUCAGCUCAAUACCCUCUCAAUCCAUCAGCAAAUAACCCUAAUGCUCCCAGUUUAUAAUCUCACAACAAGCAAGUUAAAAUUUUUGUAAAGCAGGUCACAAGUUCAGAUUGGUCAGAACAAACGAGAAGACGCACGGAUGAAUGCAUUUUUUUCCCAAGAAUAACAAUGGUGCAGUAUUUGGCCAAUAUAAAAGGGUUUAGUGUUCUUAUUCCUCUCACACGAGCCCUUUUAUGUGUUUCGUUGUUCAGAUAGUAAUUCGCUUUAUGUUAUGAAACUGAGUGACAGAACCUGGUGAGUAACUUACCCCUUUAUGUAUAUUAAUCAAUGUUUAGGGGGUGAUGUUUCAUUACAUAGCUGUACUGCUAGUAGUGUUCUUCAUUGGCUUUGCCCAAUUCUUUUUUUCUUUUUUCUUUUUUUCCUUUUUUGGUCUCUUUGGCUAAUGGCAACUUUCUGUUGCCUAAUUGUUUCAAUGGUUGUAAGUUGCAUAAUAUUCACCGAGUGUUGAAGGAAAAUUUUCCUCUAGA